CUUUCUCACACACACAAUAAUGAUCUAGAAGAAUCAGAGCAUAACGUUACUGAUUACUUACUACCGAAAGAACAUGUUCCUGGAAGUGAUCUGAUAAGCAAGGCAGUAUCAACUGAUACCAGAAUUAUCAAUAUUAUCAGUAAAAGUUUGGUUAACGCCCCAGAAGAUCAAUAUAACGCUGCACCAAAUGAAUUCUUGAACGAAUGUGCUUACGAUGUUCUAUAUCUU